GCAAUAUAUAAGGGGGAAGGGGGAAACAUAUACAAUAAGGGGAGAUUUUGCAUAAAUGAUAUUAUGCAGUCCUUUCUUCUCCCGAGUGCUUUCAUAUUUUCUCUCUCUUUCUUGUUCUUUCCAGUUUUGUAAAUACAAAGACUGUUUAUAAAAGAGCCUUCACAUUACUUCUUUACGUCAACCAUAAGAAGCACAAAUAUUAUUUAUUACUACAGCCAUAACUGCAACUACGAAAAAGACAGGAAGGGAAUUAUUUAUUCCUUCUAAAGACUUUGCAUAUUAUACACAAAAUACACUCUUUUUUACACUUUUCUAAUCAGCUUCAAUGCCUUUACCGAAAUCUACAAAACAACACGAUCGUUCAAAAAAUGAUACCAACACUGCAUCAAAAGAAAAAAAGAGACACUUGUUUAGAUUUGGACGCAAAAAGAGUCGAUCCGAGAUAUUAGUGUCAAACGAUAAGAAGGAGGAUGGUAUGAGUAUCUCGAGUAAUACAGAUGCAUUGGCAGCAGAUGAUGAUUCUGCCACAAAAAGAAAAAAAUCAACAAGUUCUAGUUUUCAUAAAAAGGAUGAGGACAUGGAGCAUCAAAUCAUGGGUACAAUGGAAGGAAUCGCCAACUCAGAAUAUCAAGCAUAUGAAAGAACGCCGACGUUAUAUCAAAUUGCAGAUCCAUCCAGCGAACAUUGGGCACCUCCAGAUAGUUGGGCUGUGCAACCACCAGACGAAGAGGACGUUCAUUCAAUCAAUAUGCAAACGACUACAGACUAUUUUUCAGUAGUCGAGCAUGAGACGUGGAAUGUGCAAAGUAAAAAUUACUGCAUUCGAGUAUUUCGUCCUGAUGGCACAUUUGGCACACUCAUUGCUCCCUUGGAUGCAACAGCAAAUGAUCUAAUACAGAAACUAGCAGGAAAAUUCUUUCUGCAAGAUUGGAACAGGUAUAGAUUGACGCUUGUAAGGCAUAGUCUAGAACGUGUUCUUCAACCCAAUGAGCGUCCUUUACAGAUACAAAAGUUAUUACUAGAACAAAUGGGUUAUAUGGAAGAAGAUAGAAUAGAAGAUGUCGGUCGAGAAGAUAAUUCAUAUCUUUAUCGUUUCAUCUUUGGCAUUAGCAGUUCAAACAGUGUUCAAGAGGAGGAAGACACUGGACUCUAUAGUCGAACAGAUCUACACGGAAGAAAUUUGCUUAACAUUCCAACCUUCUUGUACAAGUAUGCUGCACGUAUCGCAUCAUUGGAUUUGUCCAAAAACAUCCAUAUCGAAAUUCCUGUAGACUUCUUGCAGCUUUGCAAGAACUUGAAGCAGCUUUGGCUGAAUGAUAAUGAAUACAAGUUAUUGCCACAAUCAGUUCGAUAUAUUCCCAAUUUGGAGCAUCUGAACAUAUCCGGAAACCAAAUUGAAGAUUUGCAGCAUGCACGACUAGACGAAUUAAGCGCUCUAAAGACAUUACGUGCUUACAACAACCGUCUGAGCUCUUUACCUGAUGGCUUUGCAAAGUUUCAAUACUUGACGAUCCUGUAUAUAUCCAACAACUCAUUCACAAAAUUUCCAGAUGUCAUUUGUGAACUACGCAGCCUAGUUCAUCUGGAUAUCAGCUUUAAUAAGAUCACAUCCUUUCCUGAAGAGAUUGGCAACCUAACACAGCUUACUUAUUUAUUUGCUACAGCAAAUCGAUUGAGUGGAAGCCUGCCACAAGGGUUUUCUAAGCUAGAGAAUUUACAAGAACUUGAUAUCAGACAGAAUCAGAUCACCGAUAUAGAAAUAUUACACGACUUACCAAAGCUAGAACGUAUUUCGAUAGACUAUAACGCCGUAACUGUGUUUGACUAUGGAUUUAAACAUCUGAAGCGACUUCGGAUGUCCAAGAAUCAGUUGACACAGUUUGGCAUAAAGAGCCAUGCGUGUAUGCUGGUUGAACUCAAUUUGGCAAACUGUAAAUUAUCAUCAUUAGCUGAUCACUUAUUUUUGAACACGACAAAUCUCGAAUGCUUGAUUCUUGACGGCAAUACCCUUACUGUAAUACCCAGUAGCAUUGGUGUUUUGACUAGAUUGCAAAGACUGUCGGUUCAGAAUAACAACUUAGAAGUUUUGCCUCCUGAAAUAUCCAAGCUGAAAGAGCUCAAGAUACUGGAUGUACAGAAUAAUAAUUUAAAGACACUACCAAGAGAGAUUUGGCUCUGUACGUCUCUUCAGACAUUAAACUGUUCUUCGAAUCUACUGGAAACAUUUCCUGAGCCAUUUCCAUUGAUGCCAAAUGUUAGCAUGCCUUCGGCUUCUGUGGCUCCUACUCCUCAGGCAGGUCAAGGCAUUGCUCCGCCUGCACCAGUAUCUAAACAGCUACCGAUACAUCCCUUCGAUAACAACAGCAGUGAUAACAGUAUUCCAAACACAUUACUAUCCAAUGGAUUUCAACCGCCACCCAACUUCAACCCGCCUUCCUUCUUUGCAAGUCCUCGAAACCAUCCGCCGCCACUUUCCUUGUCACUUCGAUACCUCUUCUUGGGAGACAAUCGUUUUACAGAUGAUGUGUGGUCACCGCUUUCAUUGUUUCUGGAACUUCGUACGCUUAAUCUGUCAUUUAACGACCUAUAUGAAAUUCCACCUGACGGACUUUGUCAUCAGCACCUUUAUGAACUGUAUCUUUCCGGAAACCAUCUUGCCUCGCUUCCUGCAGAUGAUAUCGAAAAGCUCAGUUAUCUACGUGUGUUGGCUGUGAAUGGAAAUAAGUUGCAAACACUGCCUGCAGAAAUUGGUAAACUAAGGAAAUUACUGGUGUUGGAUGUGGGCAAUAAUGUCUUAAAAUACAACAUCUCGAAUUGGCCGUACGAUUGGAACUGGAAUUGGAACUUGGGUCUUAAAUACCUCAAUCUUUCAGGCAACAAAAGAUUGGAGAUAAAAAAGACACAUCCUGAAUCAUAUAAUCCAAAAGAUCGCAAUUUGUCUGACUUUAAUGCUCUUGUUAAGCUGCGUAUGCUAGGUUUAAUGGACGUCACUAUCUUGGGUGUGAUGACACCAGAAGAGGAUUGUAACCGUCGUGUGCGUACAUCACCUUCUGAAGUCAACAGUAUGGGCUACGGUGUUGCUGAUUGGUUGGGCCCCAGUGAUAACUUGACAACAUGGGAUCUCGUGAUGCCUCGAUUCCGUAACCGAGACGACGAGUGUCUUUUUGGUUUAUUUGAUGGGCUAAAGCAUAGCAAGACGGGAUGUCGAUUAACUUACUUUUUAAACGACCAUAUCAACCAAUUCUUUACCAAUGAGCUUCAAAAGACCAAAAACAGCGAUACUAUCGUCUCUGCUCUUCGUCGAACCUUUUUGGCUCUUGAAAAGGAGUAUGGAUCUUUAGUGGCUGAAGACAAGGAAAUAGGCGCGUCUGGCCUCGUUUGCUACAUUGUAGGCACAAAGCUUUACGUGGCCAACGUGGGUGACUCACUGGCCGUACUUUCACGCAACAAUGGACAAGCUCAUGAAAUCACUCAGAAGCAUAUACCAUUGAAUCCUAGUGAAAUUUCGCGUAUUCGGGCAGCAGGUGGCUAUGUUUCCAAUUCAGGUCUUUUAAAUGACGAGCUCCAUGUAUCUCGAAGCUUUGGGUAUUACCACUUUAUCCCUGUUGUAAACGCCAAUCCCUUUGUAUCAACCAUUGACCUUGAAGAAAAUGAUGAGUUUGUCAUUAUGGCCUCUCGAGGUCUUUGGGAUAAGAUGAACUACCAGACCGCCGUUGAUAUUGCUCGAACAGAAAAGGAUGAUCUCAUGAUUGCUGCUCAAAAAUUACGAGACUUUGCUCUUACAUACGGCGCCGAUAGUAACAUCAUGGUCAUGAUUAUCGGCGUUGGUGACCUGUUUAACAAGAGAAAUAAGCGCAGAAACUAUCGUGGAGGCCCAAGUCGAACAGGUACCAGCGAAGUGCUAAUUGACGAAGGCAUUGGAACGCCUAGUAUCAUGGCGAAAAACAAACGCCGUAUCAAGGAUGAAAUUCCUAGUGACUCGACCUUGGCCCGACUCGAUAAAGAAGUGCCGCCGCCAACAAACCAGGUAACGCUUGUGUUUACGGAUAUUAAGGGUUCGACACAACUUUGGGAUACACAGCCUGAGAAUAUGCGUUCUGCUAUAAAGAUCCAUGACGCCGUCAUGCGUCGAACGCUUCGCAGCAUUGGUGGAUAUGAAGUGAAGACAGAAGGUGACGCAUUUAUGGUUUGCUUUCAAGAUCCAGUUGCUGCACUUCUUUGGUGUUUUACAGUUCAACUUCAAUUACUUGAAGCAGACUGGCCAACAGGCAUACUAGAAACAGAAGAAGGUCGAGAGAUUCAAAAGGACAACAAAGUCAUCUAUCGCGGCUUAUCUGUACGUAUGGGGAUUCAUCUCGGCACACCUGUAUAUGAGCGUAAUCCGAUUACAAAACGCAUGGAUUAUUUUGGUCCGGUGGUUAAUAAGGCAAGUCGGAUAUGUAAUGCGGCUGAUGGUGGUCAGAUCUGUGUAUCCUCUGAUGUGAUUGCAGCAUUAAGAGAAAUGCCUGGCGUAUUUAAAGAUGAUAAGACAGGUCUGAGCGCAGAUGGAGCAAGCGCAAGGUUACAUCCGCUUAGCCGCGAUGUGCAGCAACUCAAGCGAUUAGGGUUUCAUAUCGUAGAACUAGGUGAACAUAGACUAAAGGGACUGGAAACGCCAGAGAUGCUCAGCUUAAUAUUCCCAAAACAGUUGGCAGGACGCAUGGAAAUGGAUAAAAGUGACACAACCACUCUUAUUUCUACAACCACUGUAACGCCUCAGGCAGAAGUAAACGAGCCUCCUUUUCGCCGCGCAAGUUCUGCACUCUCCUUUGCACGCCAAAUCAAUCGACAAAUUGAUCCUAAUCUUGUAGCCUCUUUAAACAACCUUACCGUCCGCUUAGAAUGCCUUACAGCAGGAUGUCCUCUUGGCUCAUCCAGGACAGACGCCAUAUUCCAGUAUUCACAGUCAUUCCACAGGCGUAUGGAAGAUGUGGCCUCUGAUGAAGAAAUCAUCUUUUUGAUUGAAAAUGCUAUUACACGUAUCGAGAAUGCUGUGUCUACACUGUACUUGCAAAAGGUUGGUAAAUUUGCUAAUGUACUAGAAAAGCUUGGAGAAGCGAUUGAGCUGGAUUCAUCACAUAUACUGAGAGCGCUUCAAAUAUACUCAGAAGUAGAAGGGCUACUAGAAAAGCCAACAGGCUUAUUAUAUAAAUAACUUGUACACUUUCUCUCUUUGUAAAUAGUUUUUAUCAUUCUAAUAUAUAUACUGGU